AUGGAGGACGUCGAGUUCAACAAGUCGCAUUCUAACUCGCCGCUGCCCGAGGCAGGUAACGACCCCAACGACCCUCUGCGCCCUGAGAUCGACGAGGAGAACUCAGUUCCAAACCCUACCAACGCUACGACUUACCAGGACAUGGAAGUCACAGAAGACAAGGAGGAGAUGCCUGAUCAGGACGACAUCGAAGCUGGGCUGUCGGACAACGAGUCGGCGCUAUCAGAUGCGUUAGACGACGACCAGCUCGAUGAGCAGUUUGGCGACUUCGACGCGAGCAACAUUGCCAUUGAGGAGCGCGCUAUCGACGAAGACACAGUCAAGCAGAUUGGCGUGCACAAAAGGAAACGAGCGGCAGGCGAGGGCGACGAGCCCAAGAAAAAGAAGAAGCGCGCCGAGAAGCCGCGUCGCAAGAAGAACAAGGACGGAGAAGAGGAGGCCGGAGACCUAGGUGAUGGUGGGAGAAAGAGCAAGCGGUCGAAGAAGGAGGGCAAAGUUCGAGGAGCUAGCCCAGACGAAGAGCCAGAUGCCAACCUCACUCCUGAAGAGCGCCGAAAGCGUGCGCUCGAGCGCCAGAUGGACGCCAUUGUCAAGAGCAGCUCGACUCGCCGCCGCAAGAAGGAUGGAAUUGAUCUUGAGCAGAUGGCUGACCAGGAAAUCGAGGACAUGCGCCGCCGCAUGGCUCAGGCAGCUGAGAUGGACAACGAAGGCCGAAAGCGCGGUGAACCUGCACGACACAAGCUGAAGCUUCUGCCCGAAGUGGUCGCCCUGCUCAACAAGAGCAACCUCAAGGAGUCAAUAGUAGAUCCCGAGUCCAACAUCCUCGAAGCAGUACGCUUCUUCCUCGAGCCUCUCAGCGACGGCAGUCUGCCAGCAUACGAUAUCCAAAAGGAGCUAUUUGCUGCGCUGUCUAAGCUGCCCAUCAACAAAGACACACUGGUUGCCUCUGGUAUUGGCAAGGUCAUCAUGUUCUACAUCAAGAGCAAGCGCCCUGAGUUGACCAUCAAGCGACAAGCUGAGCGCCUUUUCACAGACUGGACUCGUCCAAUUCUUCGGCGCACGGACGACUAUCGCAAGAAGGAGUUCGCUCAGGCAGACUUCGAUCCGACAAGAAAGAUCGCAUCUGGCAACUCUGCUGCCAACAGCCAAGCAGCUGCUCAGGCUGCCCAGAGGAAGAAGGCCCUUGAGGUUCCACGAUCAUUCCAGCGCGCCCGCAUGGAGACUGGUCGUAUGACAUACACCGUCGCGCCGAAGAGCAACGUUUCUUUCAACGAGGGCAACAACGUCCGAAGGGAUGUGGAUAUCCUAAAGACAGUAAAGGCCAGACAAGGUGGAGGCAGGCGGUAA